AUGGUGAGCAUGGCCGAGACGGACGGCGGCGCCAACUGCACUGCCGCAACCACGGCCGAGACUUUCGGCCACCGCGGAGACGCUGACAAUGGGUUACGGCUACUCGAGGCGGCCGCAGACGUGGAUGGCCGCGUUCGUGGACGCAGUGGCUCGUCCAGCAGCGGUGGUGGUGGAGGUCGAAACAAGGGAAGUCAGCGGCGGAACGGCUCGGUGGCCGGAGACCGCCGUCGCAGCCGACAGCCGGACGGAGCGGCCAGUUGA